AUGAAGACCUUAAGGCAAUAUUUACUCUUUAUAGGCUUGUUAACGGAUCAAAAUACAGAUCAAAUGAACAUUGUAUUUGAUCAUGCUAUCGAUGUGGCCAAUCAGGAGCUCGGUUUAUCCUUGUCUUCUCUCAAAUCGGACGUGAACUACGGCGACGCCUUUCACGGUUAUCUUAAUCUGUGCAGAAUGUUGGAGACGGGCAUAGCGGGAGUCUUUGGUCCCUCCUCGCGUCAUACAGCUGUGCAUCUGAUGUCCGUAUGCGAUGCCAUGGAUGUACCCCAUAUAUACUCCUAUAUGAGUGAAUAUCCUGAAGGUUUUAAUCUUCAUCCACACCCGGCAGAUCUCUCAAAGGCGCUUCAUAGCCUAAUAACUUUUUUCGAUUGGUCGCGUUUUAUAUUUCUUUAUGAAUCGGCGGAGUAUCUAAGUAUUUUAAAUGAACUCAAUUCUCUCUUCGGCAUAAAUGGUCCAAUUGUGACGGUUCUACGAUAUGAUAUGGAACUGAAUGGCAACUAUAAACCUGUUCUGAGGCGUGUCCGCAAGUCCCAAGAUAAUCGCAUUGUAGUCGUAGGCUCAACAGAGACGAUGCCAGAAUUUCUAAAUCAAGCUCAACAAGUUGGCAUUAUCAAUGAGGAUUAUAGCUAUAUAAUUGGCAAUUUAGAUUUUCAUUCAUUCGAUCUGGAAGAGUACAAGUACAGUGAGGCAAACAUAACGAGUCUACGGCUCUUUUCACCUGAAAAGAUGGCGGUCAAGGAACUCAUGCAAAAAGUAGGAUAUAAUAUCGAACAGGAUGAACAUCGAAAUGGAUCUUGUCCCAUUACCGUGGAAAUGGCUCUAACUUACGAUGCUGUUCAGUUGUUUGCCGAAACCCUCAAGAAUCUGCCCUUUAAGCCCGUUUCUCAGAAUUGCUCACAACGCACAGAAAGUGUAAGAGACGAUGGUUCAUCUUUCAAGAAUUACAUGAGAACGUUAAGACUAAAGGAGAGAUUGCUUACCGGACCCAUCAAUUUUGAGGGCAAUGUGAGGAAAGGAUAUCAUCUGGAUGUCAUCAGGUUGCAACCAUCGGGCAUUGUCAAAGUGGGCACAUGGGAUGAAGAACGAAACUAUACACAAGAUCGCAUAGCACCAACAAAUUCCCAAUUCGAUUCCAUUGACAAUUCGCUGGCCAACAAAACAUUUAUUGUGUUGCUUUCGGUUCCGAAUAAGCCGUAUGCCAGUUUGGUCGAGAGUUACAAGCAGCUUGAGGGAAAUAAUCAAUAUGAAGGAUACGGCGUAGAUCUAAUCAUGGAACUGGCAGAUAAACUAGGUUUUCAGUACAUCUUUAAAAAUGGUGGCAAAAUUUAUGGUACCUUCAAUAAGACCACUAAUGAAUCAACAGGCAUGCUGCACGAGAUUAGGCAUGGUAACGCUGACUUAGCUAUCACCGAUUUGACUAUAACAGCGGAACGUGAGGAGGCCGUUGACUUUAGCAUACCGUUUAUGAAUCUAGGUAUUGCAAUACUCUAUUUGAAACCGCAAAAAGGAGAUCCAGGGCUUUUCACCUUCAUGGAUCCGUUCUCAGAGGAUGUCUGGUGGUUUCUGGGUCUAUCAUUUCUGGGUGUUUCAUUGAGUUUCUUUAUACUUGGUCGUCUGUCGCCCAGCGAAUGGGAUAAUCCAUAUCCUUGUAUUGAAGAGCCUGUAGAACUGGAGAAUCAAUUUACUAUAGGCAAUUCUAUAUGGUUUACAACUGGUGCGUUGCUACAACAGGGCUCAGAAAUAGGACCCAAAGCCUUAUCAACGAGAAUCGUAGCUACUUUCUGGUGGUUCUUCACGCUUAUUGUAGUUUCCUCAUACACCGCCAAUUUGGCUGCCUUUUUGACCAUUGAGAAACCACAAAGUCUGAUCAACAGCGUUGAUGAUUUGGCCGAUAGGGUAGAUGACGUUACCUAUGGAGCCCUAAAAUCUGGAUCAACCCGAAAAUUCUUUAUGACCUCAGACGACGAUCGUUAUGUGAGAAUGAAUAAAUUUAUGACUGAAAAUCCGCAUUACUUGACAGAUUCAAAUGAGGAGGGCGUUGAAAGGGUUAAGACAAGUACCAAAUAUGCUUUUCUGAUGGAGUCCACUUCCAUUGAGUAUAAUACAAAGCGUGAAUGUAAUCUGAUGAAAAUUGGCGAUGCUCUUGAUGAAAAAACUUAUGGAAUUGCUAUGCGAAAAAAUUGGCCACAUCGCGAUAAAUUUAACAACGCCUUGUUGCAGCUGCAGGAACAAGGUGUGCUGGAGAAAAUGAAGAACAAGUGGUGGAACGAGGUGGGCACUGGCAUAUGUGCCACCAAGGAAGAUUCGCCUGAUGCCACACCACUGGCCAUGGAAAAUUUAGCUGGCGUCUUCCUUGUUCUCUUGGUGGGCAGCUUAGGUGCUCUGCUUUACGGAGCCAUCAGUUGGAUAGUGUUCACCAUCAAAAAAGCAAGGCACUAUCGCGUGCCACUAAAGGAUGCUCUGAAGGAGGAGUUCCAGUUUCUCAUCGACUUCAACAACUACAUAAGAAUUCUCAAGAGCUCGGCUUCUAUUUAUUCUCGCAGUAGACAGUCAUCGAUGUCUGUUGGUUCCAUCAGGCAUGAGUUAAAUUGAAAAUUGUCAUUUUUAUUAAAAGUUUGUUCUUUGAAAUGGAAUGCUUAAUAAACUUACAGUAAAACUGCA